GCGCGAGGUUGUGGAGGUCCGAGGACGCGCGCUUGUGAUGUGGCGGAGAGGAGAGCGUGUGGCUUCGUUUGGUUAUGGGAGUGAUGACGUGCAGGCUUGGAUUCGGAGUGUAGAAGCGUCAUCAGAUCUCAUACUCAACAAACCAUCACAAGACACCAACAGCCGGUCAGUCACUGAAGACGACGAAAUAAACAAUUGCUAUCAAGAAGCUCACGACCUCUUACAAUCAUGGACAAAAGACAAGAAGAAGGACGGCAACAACAGUAGACUCAACAUGUUGGAUCCAGAAGACGGGUUGCUAUUGGAUACGACGCUGGACAGACAAGCAAGUGGUGCACUAGAUCGUGCCCAUAAAGUCUUACACGACUGUGACAGUGAAAGGAGACAAUAUCGGCCACAUAAGACGGCAUGGUCAUCAGGAGUGAGCUCACUACCACCACAUGAAGACCACAGCAGCUUAUUUAGACCCGCUUCUUCUUUAUUGUCACAUCGAGAUGCCUUCUCACAUGCCGGAAUGUCCGAGGAGACAGUUGAAGACGUGCUGGAGAGAAUGCGUAACGUUUCGUUGGAUCGAGUUUCAGCCGACGUGGUGAGGAAACCACCGAGAGUCAAUCCUCUUCAUACGAUGGAUAUGAGACACAAGCAGGUGAAGGAAAGACGAGAGGCAAGAGAGACAGCAAGACGGACGCGACUGGCCGAGCAGGCGGCCAAAAAGGAUGCAAGACGGGUAGCAGAACAGAUUUUGAUGAAGGAGCAACAGCAGAAGGUUGAGAAGCUGAAAUAUGAGGAUGCUCUCAUACAGCGAGAGAUGACUGUCCUCAGACGCGAACUGGAAUCCAAACGGAAAGAAAAAAUGCAGCAAAUAGUGAGAGAUAAGGAGAUCAAACAUCAAGCUGAGACUCAGAUGCAACAGGCUGGACAACAACAGUCGGUCAAGAGUCACACGUUGAAGGUGAAAAGUGAACGAGAGAAGAAGAUUGAAGAGACAAGGCGGGUGUUGGUCUCUCAGUUAGAAAUUGCGACAGCAGAGGAGGCAAAAGAGAAUCUGAGAACACUGAAAUGCCACUUCUCAGCAUGGUACAGUCUCAUUGUCUAUCGACACGUACAGCUAGGCAAAGCUCGGGCCGUCGCCGACUGGCGUUGUCUACUAAAAAUAUGGAACAAGUGGCGAGCAUACAUACUAAACAGACAGUCAGAAAAGGAAGCAGAAUGUCUCGCAGAGCAAAUGAAGAGAGAACACAGAAAUGGUCAGGUGGCAGCCGUUUUUGGUCGUCACUUGUACUUGCGUCGUUGCUUUUCCGCCUGGCAGACUUGGACUAGAAGGCGAGUGGAGAAAAAGGAGUUGGAAAACGUAAUGGAUCAGCACAGGCAAAAGAUGUCCGCUCUACUGGAAGCUGCAGCAACAGGUGCAUUGUGGAGCGACAAGAAUCCAUACUCCACAGAAAAAUCACCAUCAUCAUCAGACUCUGAUGACAACCAGCAAGACGACCCACAAACCAUCACAUCCAAAAAUUCAAAUCCCCAACGAACACAAACUUCUGGAAGCCAUCCUCUACCUGUUGAAGGGCAACUCAGAGCAGUCCACCUCAUUACAACUAAGAAAGCAAAAGAACACUUAACAAAAGUCUUAGGUUACAAUCCGGACAUGAUCCAGAGGAAUAAAAGUGAGCCACACAGAGAUGAUAGUAAGACUGUUGUACAGAGGAGAAAUACAAUAGUGACGUCAUCUGCAGCGCAGACUGCGUCAGUAGACAGUAAUCCAAGCACAAACUUGUCAUCCAGAUUGAGACCACAGUCAACAACUGGAGGUGAAAGUGGAGUUGAUGUGAAGAUGGAAAGUUCAAUGGAUAACGCAGUUUCUAUGGCUGCUGUUGCUUUGCUGCCCAAACAGCUGCCUUUGGAUAAGGUAUUGGCAGGACCGAAGGCAGUGAACAAGGUUGUAAGGAAACCUGUGAGACCGGUGGGUCUCAAAGGAAUGGAAUCGAGAACUGCUCAGAUUACAGAAAGGAGAGAAGCAAGAAUGCAGAGGAUGAAGGAAUUAGAGGAAGAGAAACUGGCCAAACUGAAAGCAGAAGAGAAAGAAAGACGUGAGCAGGAAGAGGCUGAGAAGCUGGCCAAGAUAGAAGCAAAACGAGAAGAAAAACGUUUAGCAAAACAAAGAGAAAUUGAAAAGCAAAAUCAGUUGCAAAUUCUUGCUCGACAAACAGCUCAAGCCGAAGACCAUUACCAGAAAUCCCUCAUGAUGACCUACGGACUGGCACCAUGGAAGCAUCUCAUUUCUAUAGCCAAACACAAUGAACACAGAGCCAGCAACCACAGUAACCAAGUAUUAAUGACAAAAUGCUUUGUGCCAUGGCAGCAAACCAUCAAGGAGACAAUACAGGAGAAGGAGAAGGAGGCAGAUAGUCUGUACAGAGACUUGCUGCUAAAGCGUCACUUCUCUGUGUGGCAAGAAUUUGUAGGCUUACAGUAUGGAUUAGAAGCGGCAGCAGACGCUCACAGUGAGACGUCGUUGGCAAGAAAGAUGUUGGCCGCAUGGCAUCGUUUUGUGACGAACGAGCAGCUCGAAAGGAUGGCCAAAGAGGAGAAGGCAGAUGAGCUAUACAAAAGGUUGUUGAAGCAGCGAGUUGUGAUGUGUUGGAGGCAGUUUGUCCCACUUGCUAAAGAAGAAAAACUGGCGGAGACGAGAAGAAAUCUGAUGAGACAAAGAGUAACCGAUUGGCUCCCUGACUUCAAACCCACUCUAGAUACAAGUCAAUAGAUUACAGGUGUAUAAUACAAUAUUUUUAUUAUAAUAUUAUAUGGAAUAAAGAUUAUGUUUAUUGUUUA